AUGGUAAUUGUUACUGAGGAAAUAAAUAAUAACGUUAAGAUAGAAGAUAAUAAUAUAAAUACAUUUGAGGAAGACAUGGACAAGAAUGUUCAUGAGGAUAAUGAAAUUAUUUAUACAAUAAAUGAAGAGAAAGUUAAGAAAUGUAAUAACAUAGAAAAAGAACAUAACCAAAAAGAAGAUGAGGAAGAGGUUAUGUUAAACAACCAUAAUGUGGAGGAAAAAGAAGAAGAUAUAAAAAAAAGUGACGAAAUAUUGAUGAAUAAUGAAAAAAUAAAAAAUGAUUAUAAUUUAGAAAUUAGUGAAGAUUCAAAAAAUCAUAAUUGUGAUGAUCCUUUGGAUAAUAACAAAACAGACAAUUGUGACAAAGAGAAAAAGGAUAUUUGUCUUGAAUUAUUAAAAACAUGUGAUGCUUUAAAAAAUAUUGGAAAUAAAUAUUUCAAGGAAAAUAAUUAUAUUAUAUCUAUAAGAUAUUAUACAGAAGCUAUAGAUUUAAUAAAAAAAUCAUUUCAAGAAUAUUCUAAUAAAUUUACCGAUAUAGAUAAACAAAAUAAUACAAAUAAUUUACAUGAUGAUAUUGAAGUGGAUGAUGAAGAUAAAGAAGUAUUUAAAGAAUAUUAUAAUAAAAGUACUAUAUGUAAAAAAAGUGAUUUUAUUAGUAUAAAAGAAACAGAUUUACAUAUAUAUUAUACGAAUCGUUCUUUUUGUCAUAUAAAAUUAGAAAAUUAUGGAACAGCUAUAGAAGAUAUUGAUGAAGCUAUUAAAAUUAAUCCAUAUUACGCUAAAGCGUAUUAUAGAAAAGGGUGUGCCUAUUUACUUUUAUCCAAUUUAAAAAGUGCAUCUGAAUGUUUUCAAAAAGUAUUAAAACUUACGAAAGAUAAAAAUUCAGAAUUAAAAUUAAAACAAUGUAAAAAACUUAUUUUUGAACAACAGUUUCAGAAAGCUAUCGAAUUAGAACAAAAAAUGCCUUAUUAUGAAACAUUAGUACUUGAUUCUCUUAAGAUCGAAAAUAUGGAAGCUCCUAUAUAUGAUAGAAAUAAUUUAAAUAUUGACUUUUUGAAAAAGGUAGCUGAUUAUAUAAGUAUACCAAAUAACAAAUUGAACAAAAAAUGUGUUUGUUCCAUUGUAUUAGAUAUAAUUAAAUUAUUAAAAGAAUUACCUACUCUAGUUUAUUUAAAUUUAGAAGAAGAUGAAACUUUGACAAUAUGUGGUGAUGUUCAUGGACAAUAUUAUGAUUUAUUAAAUAUAAUGAAAAUUAAUGGUUAUCCUUCUGAAAAAAAUUCUUACUUAUUUAAUGGUGAUUUUGUAGAUAGAGGAAGUUUUUCUGUUGAAGUUAUUAUAUUUUUAUAUCUAGCUAAACUAACCUUUCCUAAUAAUGUGCAUUUAACAAGAGGAAAUCAUGAAACAGAUAAUAUGAAUAAAAUAUAUGGAUUUUUAGGUGAAUUACAAGAAAAAUAUGAUGAAAAAAUGCAUGUCUUAUUUUCAGAUUCCUUUAAAUUUUUACCUUUAGCAUAUGUUCUUAAUAAAAAUAUAUUUAUAUGUCAUGGUGGUAUACCUAGUAAAACAGAUACUACCUUAGAAGAUAUCGAAAAAAUUGAUAGAAAUAAAGAACCUUUAGAUGAAGGAGUUAUGACCGAUUUAUUAUGGUCUGAUCCAAAUGAAGAAAAAGGUUUUAAACCAUCUAAAAGAGGUAUUGGAUUUUCAUUUGGUACAGAUAUUACUGAAAAUUUCCUAAAAAUUAAUAAUCUAAGUCUUAUUAUUAGAUCGCAUGAAGUAAGAGAUGAAGGUUAUUCUCUUGAACAAAAUGGACAAUUAUAUACAGUCUUUAGUGCUCCUAAUUAUUGUGAUAUUAUGAAAAAUAAAGGAGCUUUCUUAAAAUUCAAAGGAAAUUCAAUCAAACCUGAAUGUGUAACAUUUACAGAAGUAGAACACCCAAAUGUCCCUUCCCUUAAAUAUGCUCAUAAUUUGUAUCAAAACAUUUAA